ACACCCCACUAUACAAAAACACUCUCUCUCUCUCUGUUUCCUCCAAAAACAAAACUUUCCCUACACACUUUCUUCCAAUGGCCGCCAAAACGGUAACCCCCGACGCCGUUUCGACGCUCCUCGCAAACCCUUCCCCCGAUUCCACAUCGGAUCUCCCCGACAUCGUCGUUCAAGUCCUCGAUCUUAAGGCGACAGGCAAUAAAUACAUGUUUACUGCUAAUGAUGGAAAAACGAAACUGAAAGCUAUGAUUCCUUCGGAUAUGCGCUCUCAGGUGCUCUCCGGGGCUAUUCAAAACCUAGGUCUUAUUCGCGUCCUUGAUUACACUGUCAACGAUAUCCCCAAUAAAUCGGACAAAUACCUUCUUGCCAUUAAAUGUGAAGCUGUAUCUCCCGCGCUUGAAAUGGAGAUAAAGAGUGAGGAAUCUGGAUCUGGGAUUCUUUUGAAGCCCAAAGUAGAGGGUGGAGUCAAGACUGAAGGUGCUGCUGCUGGGAUUCUUCUCAAGCCCAAGCAAGAAGUGGUGACAAAAUCUGCUAACCAGAUUCUACGCGAACAGCAUGGAAAUUCGGCUCCUGCUGCACGCAUGGCAAUGACGCGUAGAGUGCGUCCUCUUGUUUCGUUGAACCCUUAUCAGGGUAAUUGGACAAUAAAGGUUAGCGUUACGAGCAAAGGGAACAUGCGUACCUAUAAGAAUGCUAGGGGUGAUGGUUGCGUCUUCAAUGUUGAAUUGACGGAUGAAGAUGGUACUCAGAUUCAGGCAACUAUGUUUAAUAAUGCUGCAAGGAAAUUUUUUGACAAAUUUGUUCUGGGAAAGGUUUACUACAUUUCAAGGGGAACUUUGAAAGUUGCUAACAAGCAGUUCAAAACUGUGCAAAAUGAUUAUGAAAUGACGCUAAAUGAGAAUUCCGAGGUGGAAGAGGUGGUCGGUGAAGCAAGUUUUGUUCCGGAAACAAAAUUCAACUUUGUGCAGAUUGAUCAACUGGGUCCUCAUGUCAAUAAGUCUGAGCUUGUGGAUGUUAUUGGAGUUGUUAAGAAUGUGUCUUCAACAAUGAGCAUUCGUAGGAAGAGUGACAAUGAGAGUAUUCCAAAGCGUGACAUUACUAUUGCUGAUGACACGAAGAAGACAGUAGUUGUGUCCUUGUGGAAUGAACUUGCAACUACCACAGGAGAAGAGCUACUGGACAUUGUUGAUAAAUCUCCAGUUGUUGCAAUUAAAUCUCUCAAGGUUGGGGACUUCCAAGGUGUUUCUUUGUCAACUAUAGGCAGAAGUGUGGUUCUGGUAAAUCCAGACAUACCCGAAGCAAAAAAUCUCAGAAGCUGGUAUGAUUUUGAAGGCAAGGAUGCUGCAAUGGACUCUGUAGGCUCUGGUUCAAGUCCAAUAUCUAACAAUGGGAUUAGAUCAGUGUACACUGAUCGUAUUCAUCUUUCUGACAUAAUCUCAAACCCAUCAUUGGGAGAUGGAAAGCCUGCUUUUUUCAGUCUUAGAGGACAUAUAACCUUCAUAAAGCCUGAUCAGGCAAUGUGGUAUCGUGCCUGUAAGACAUGCAAUAAGAAAGUUACUGAAAGCUUUGGUUCUGGAUAUUGGUGUGAUGGAUGUCAGAAAAGUGAUGAACAGUGUAGUUUAAGGUAUAUUAUGGUUGCCAAGGUUUCUGAUGGAAGCGCUGAGACUUUUAUCUCUGUCUUCAAUCAGGAAGCUGAGAAGAUCGUUGGAUGCUCUGCUGAUGAUCUAGAUAAUCUUAAAUUACAAGAAGGAGAAGAUAAUCCUUAUCAGAUGACAUUGAAGGAAGCUACUUGGGCUCAACAUCUUUUCCGGGUUAGUGUUACUCCGAACGAGUAUAAUGGCGAGAAGCGGCAAAGGAUAACAGUUCGAGCAGUUGUUCCUGUUGACUUCGCUGCUGAGUCAAGGUUUAUACUGGAAGAAUUAUCGAAGAUGAGAGCAUAAGAUGCAUAUGCAGAUUCACAGUUUCUACAUCUUUUGGUUGAAGGUUAUUUAGUAUGUUACUGGUUGUAAUUAUUAAUUAAUUCCCUAGGUGGGUUUUAUAUUAUGCACUUUGCCGAGCUCUAGAGAAUAUCUUACUCAUCCACAUGUUAUUGAUUUUCCGUUAUGUCAUCAGAGAUUCCUCCAAAAUUCUUCAAGCUUUGCCUGAUUGAGGAGUGGAUGAAUUGGGUUCUUCCUAUGUUUUGAUUAGAUUUAUUUACGAAGGAGCAUUGAGAGAAUGAAAUUUGUUACCUAUAUAUAGCUAUUUUUUUACUAUGAAAAAAUGAUUUUAGACAAUUUAAAUUAAAUAUUUUUUAAAAUAACUUCUCAGUUAACGCAUUUAAACAUAAAUUAUAACUUGUGAAUGAGAUUUAUUUACGAAGGAGCAUUAAGUGAAAUUUGCGGUAAGGUGAAUGAAAUUGGCGUAACAUGCAGGAACGAAAGUGGUGAAAAAAAAUAAAGUUAUAGCAAAUACGAAGACACUGAGAGAAUAAUGGGGUAGUUCGUGGUAUGGAUAUAUCUGGAUUAUUAUACGAAGAGGAAUUCUUGUCUCUUUUGCCGGGAUUAAGUAUGAGAUAAUUUUUUUUUUCUAUAAUAUAUUUGGGAUUAAAAAAAUUAUCCGCAAAAAAUGUUUCCUUAUUCAAACUGAGAACAUUUACAAAAGUAACUCAAAUGUUUGUGAUUGAAAUGCUUUUUUUUUUUUAUAAUUUCUAUGAUAAUUUUAGUCCUUACAUAUACAACACAUUAUUACAUUAGUUUGUACUUUGAUUAAUAGUUGCUAACUUACUGUGCUUUGAACUAAAUUCUUGUGUCUCUUGCUAACUUCCUAGGUUCUAGCUAUGUUUCCUGAUCUAUUGAAUGGUCGGUCUUCUCCUUUCACUAGAGUGCAGACCUUUGGGUUAAAUAUGGACAGACUUUCUUCCUCCUAUGUUAUACCUACCAAUGUCAUGGCCUACUUAUUUGGUGGAUCUCCUGAAUUUGUUUUCUUUGGAUGGGAAGGUGCUUAGAGUAAAAUCCAAUUUGAUUGAAGAUGGCUUCCAGCUAACUUCCACAGCUGUACCUUUUGGAGGAUUACGAGAUGUUUUGUUUGUGUCUUAACAAAGAACUUGUGUUUUCUGCAAUGGAGUAUGUGGCAAUGCAAAGAGGAGUUGACUUAUUGUUCUUAAUCUGGCGUCAAAUUUGUUACUAUUUUUUUUUUUUGCAAUCUUCUAGGAUCUAGCUGUAAUAGCCUGUCAUGGGAGCUUUUUUCGGCUCUCUUGCUUUGUAAAUAGCCUAUUACACAUGGAAUCUCAAUUAGCUCAAAAGAACAAUUGUAAGUGGUAAACUGAAUAGGCUUAUAACAAUAGAUAUCUGAUGA